AACAAAGAAACCCUUGUCGUGGCCGGCUGAUAUAUCGUAUCAGGAUCCCACGUAUAAUUCCAGAUCUGGGAAGACAACGCGACGCAAGGCGCAAAUUCAACGAGCGACGGGGGGACGGCGAUGGCGAGGCUUCACCUCUAUUUUGUGUUAUCCGUUGCUUUGAUAGUACUUGCUUCUGCUACGAAGACGGGCGACGUGACGGAACUCCAGAUCGGGGUCAAGUACAAACCAAAGUCUUGCACUAUUCAAGCUCACAAAGGAGACAAAAUUAAAGUCCACUAUCGAGGUUCACUUACAAGUGGUGAAGUGUUUGACUCCAGUUUUGAAAGAGGAGACCCAAUUGAAUUUGAACUUGGCAGUGGUCAGGUGAUCAAGGGAUGGGACCAAGGGCUUUUGGGCAUGUGUGUCGGUGAAAAGCGAAAACUAAAAAUUCCCUCAAAACUUGGUUAUGGUGCCCAAGGAUCACCUCCAAAGAUCCCAGGUGGAGCCACCCUAAUCUUCGAUACGGAGCUAGUCGCGGUCAAUGGGAAGCCAUCUGAUGCUGAGAGCGAGUUGUAGGUGACUCGCAAGUAAGUUUUUUGCAAGCUCUUUAUAAUGACAUCUAGCUAAUCGGCUGUGGUUCCUUGAAUCUUUUUAUAAUGCUAUUUAUGUAAUAACUGUUUGCAGACAAAAUUGUUUAUUGAUAACAGAUUAAAUUGAGUACAAUCGGUUUCAUGUAGUCUAUCUUCAAUUUUUCAACUUAACUGGGUUUCACAA